GUCAAAUUCAGUCGAAAGGAUCUCUGUCAUUCUCAAUUCGACAUUUCCAGCAUGAAGGCAUUCACGGCGCUCAUCGCGCUUGCGUUGAUCGUGUAUGAAGGAGGCCGAGUCCGAGGAGACCCCGCGGCUGCUGCCGCAGCAGCGGCGGCAAACUUUGAAGGCAAGAUGGCGGACCAAGCGAAAAACCUGCACAAGUUCAUGCCCAACCCCACCGGUCCUGGUUUCCGCGACAAGGGCAUGACAGGGGAAGCAGAGUUUACGCAAAUGGAUCGGUUUGGCAUUCCAGAUCUGAACAACCCCACAGCGCACGAGCUUACGGAUCUCAACUUUGACAAGGCGAUCGAAGGGGAGCAAUACGUCGCGGUGCUGUUCUACUCGCCCACCAUGGACGAGUAUGACUAUUACGCCCUGCAUUGGGAGAAGGCAAGCAUGGAAUUGGCCGAAAACAUCAAGGCGUUCACGACGGCCAAAAUCAGCAUGGCUCGCCUCGACAUCUCAGAGCCCGAGCACCAAGACAUCGCGUUGACGUACGGCAUCUCGCUGUCGACGCCAGACAUGCGACUCUUCUUCAACAGCACUCACCUCACGGCCAUCACGAGCCCCGUGUCGCAUCAGGACAUUCGGCAGUUCAUCAUCGCACAAACGAUUCCUUCCGUCACACAACUGGUGUCGGACCUCGAGCUCAAAAAGUGGAAGCGUCGAAAGGUGUUCAACCAGGCCAACCUUAAAUUCCUCGCGCAUGCAUCCAACGACGACCCCGACGCGCUCUCGACCUUCAAAUCGGUCGCGUCGGACCUCAAGGCCAAAGUGCAGUUCGCGUACGUGACGGACCUGGCGCUGUUCCGGUCGCCGUCGGGCGUGGACAUCCCCGACGCCGCCGCCAACAGCAUCUACCUCCUUCGCGACUUUGCCACGCCCAAGAUCAUACCCUUCCCCACCCACGAUCGUCCGUUCAGCUUGGACUCGGUCGUGUCGUUUAUCGAUGGCCACAACACGCCGUGGCUGACCAACUUGGCCGACAAGGACGAGCACACCGUGCGUCUGUUCCUUGAGCACAAGAAACCAUUCCGCGCUCUGGCGUUCUUCAAGACAAACGCCAUGCUCGUGGCAGCGACGCCGGCGCUAGAAGCGUUGGCUCGCGACUUCCACGACGACGUCCUCGUCGCGUACACGGUGGAGGACCCGGAGGACGCGACCAACUUUGACUACCAGUUCUGGGACGUGCCAAGCGACAAGCCGGCGCUUCUGGUGGUGCACAUGAAGCGCGACCGCAAGUUUCUGCUCUCAACCGAUACGGCGCACGACCUGACCAAUAUGCGCACGUUCGUGGCGGACGUGCUCGCCAAGCGCGCGACGGCCGAGCUCAAAUCGCAGACGCCGCCGACGCCCAACACUGGACUGGUGCGGGUAGUUGUGACCAAUACAUGGGAGGACGAGGUGAAAGCGAAUGACAAGCAAGAUGUGCUGGUGCUGUUGACGAAAGGACCGAGUCAUCCGCCGUCCCGGUGGAUGCUGCGGCACAUGGAACGGUUCGCCAAGGUAUGGCGACGCGAUCCGCGGCUCUUGGUGGCCACGAUGGACAUGACCAAGAACGACUUGAUGGAAUUGGAGGACGAGGCAUGGACGGCCCUGCCGAAACUGUACUUUGUGCCCCGAACGCACACAGGUGCAAGUCCGUUCGACAUCGAAUUACACGCGGCGUAUCCGACGAUGGAAAUGCUCAUGGAGUUUGUGAGGACGCACCAGAGCCACGAGUUGGUCGUGGACGAAAAGGUGUGGACGCGGCUGCAUGCUGAAGACAAGGAAGCGCUGGCCAGUCACAAGGCCAAGAUGGCCAACGGCGACGAUGUCCACGCACCUGACGAUAUUUUGAAAGAGUUGGAAAUGGAACUGAAAAAGGCACAAGGGAAGGAGGAGGCGGACGUCCGCGAUGAAUUGUAACCACUGAAUGAAUACAUCGUUUUGGAAUGGGGUGA